AAAUUUGAGUUUUCCCGCGUCAUCUCAAAACAGCCAAACACUCCUCGCGCCAAAUCAAAGGAAAUCUAUAAACAUUCCCCUCCAUUUCAUUUCAUUUUAUUCUUUAUUAUUAUUUUUUAAUUUUAAAUUUUUAAUAUUUUCGAUUUUCAAAUCUUUCUCUCUGAGAAAUCCAAAUGGAUUCCUCCAAAUUAAAAUCUUGUUUCCAUGGCAUCAGUUCCAGAGAACUCAGUAGCUUUCGAGUUAGAAAACGACCAUUUAUUGAUGAAUUAGCUUCGGAUUUUACUGAAAUCGGCGCUGUCGCCAUUGAACACGAUGCUGACCCGACUCCUCCGUUGGCCAUCUCUUUUUGCAAGGCGAGUAAAAAUUCUCAUAUUUUUGCGGUAUCUGAUGAGGCUGGAUAUGUAAGCUUGUUUGAUUCUCGUAGGAAGCUUUCUUCCGCUGCAUCUCACCAGAAAAAUGCAGAAAAAGCAAGAAUCAGUGAUUGGGUUGCUCAUGAAAAUGCCAUAUUUGAUGUAUGCUGGAUAAAGGAAGAUAGUCACAUUUUAACAGCUUCAGGAGAUCAAACUAUAAAAGUAUGGGAUGCUCUGGAAAAGAAAUGCAUUGGAGUCUUGAUGUUGCACACAGGAAGUGUAAAAUGUUUGAGUUCUCAUCCAACAAAUUCUGAUCUUGUUGUUUCUGGUUCGAGAGAUGGGUCCUUUGCUAUUUGGGAUCUAAGAUGCAAGAUUAACUCCCGAAGUAGAUAUGAUGGGGUUUGCCUUACAGCAACUUCCAUGGUCAAAGGAGCUCAUGCUUCAUCUCAAGCAAGGCGGGGUAGGCAUGGCAAGGCUGCUGCUGCAAGCAUUACAUCACUUGUUUAUCUCAAAGACGAAGUUUCCAUUGCUACAGCUGGAGCAGCAGACAGCGUUGUGAAGUUCUGGGAUACCAGAAAUCUGAAAUCUCAUGUCACUCGGGCAUGUUCCAAGCCAGAGUCUUCAUCUAAAAAGGGUAUAUCUAGCUUGUCUCAGGAUUCGAAAGGAGUGUUCCUCACAGCAUCAUGCAUGGACAAUAGAGUAUACUUGUAUAAUGUACUUCAGCUUGAUAAGGGACCUAUGCAAACUUUCUCUGGAUGCCAAAUAGAGUCUUUUUAUGUGAAGGCAGCAAUCAGUCCAGAUGCAGAUCACAUACUAAGUGGUUCCAGUAAUGGAAAUGCUCAUAUAUGGAAGGUAAACAAGCCUCAAGCGGAGCCUAUCAUCUUGAAAAAUCAUCACGGCGAAGUCACUGCAGUAGAUUGGUGCCCAUCUGAGAUAGGAAAGAUAGCAACUACUGCAGAUGAUUUCACGGUAAGGAUAUGGAACAUUGAAAACAAGUAUUGCUCCACCUCAAGAUCACCAUCUAGCAUCCGAAGAAGAGUAAAUGCGAUUCCAAGCACAGAAAGUAGAAAAGUUUUGAUGGAUGAUAAUGAAGAAAGCGGCAGCUCAGAUUCACCAAAUGAACCAUUACACCAAAUCCAAGUGAGCUCACCAUCACACCCAAUAACCACUACAUUUUUGCUUAGUACACCAGAAGGGCAUAAGAAAAAGUUAUUAGCAUCAAUUUCAGACACCAAUGAACCAAGCAGCUUUGAACAAACACCUGAACCUGCAAUGAAAAGCCCAUCUUCAGUUUUAAACCCACCUUCUUCCUUGAAAAGAAAAACCAUUAAAGAUUACUUUGUAGCAGCUCCAUGAAACUUUGGCGGUAAAUUUCUCAUUGAGGAAAAAGGCUUCGUAUAAAAAAUAGUAGUGUUGAGGAAAGUUCUUCAAACUCCUCCUUUCACUUUAAACACCAAUAA